UGCAGCUCCACAGAGACUGAGACCCGGAGCUUCAACCCCAGCAAAGGAACCAGCGCUAGGCGGAUCCAGACACAGCCAUGGCUCUGACAGGUACCUGGUCCACGCUCCUCCUGCCCCUCUUCCUGCUGGGGGCUGGCCUGGCCCUGGCCAACAAGCAUCCCUGGGACGAGCAGAACGACAGAUUCCUCCUGCGGCACUGGAACUACCCCAGGAGCGAGGCCCCCAACGGCACCUACUGCCAGGCCAUGAUGCAGCGCCGGGACCUGUCGGGCCAGGACUCCAACACCUUCAUCCACGCGCCCGCGGGCUCCAUCAACAGCAUCUGCAGCCUGGGUGGCAGGCCCGGCCUGCCCAACCAGCGGCGCAGCGUGGCACCCUUCCACCUCACGCUCUGCGCCCUCAACGCCACCAGCCACGCCUACACCGAGACACGCUACCACCGCAGGGUCGUCCUCGCCUGCUGGAGAGGGCUCCCCGUGGACUAUGUGAAGCACAUCUAGGGCCCGGCGCCGGGCCGGAGGGGGACACGGCGGCUUCCUCCUGCCCCCUUGUCCCUUCCCCGCCGGCCACGCUCCCAGCGUCUCGCCUGCCACUUACUGGCCAUCGAAACACCUGUCCCUUCAUUGAUUUAUUGAACCCACCGGUUUUGCCCUUCCAGUGUCCAGCCUGAUCCCGGAUCGGUCUCACGUUUACCGCGAGUCAGUGUUAUUCCUCAUCGGUCGUUAUUUAUGCACCUUUCCCCCAUCCCCCGUGUCCUGCAAUUCCAGGUGUUCUCAGCACUCAAUAAAACCCGAUCCCUGGCACAGAGCCCUUGUUGUGUUAUUCUGGGCAGGGAAAGGG